AGCCCUGAGCGAUGGCGUCUCGGUAUGACCGCGCAAUCACUGUUUUCUCCCCGGACGGACACCUCUUCCAAGUGGAAUAUGCCCAGGAAGCUGUGAAGAAAGGAUCCACAGCGGUUGGAAUUCGAGGACUGACUGCUGAUGCCAGGGUAGUGAUAAACAGAGCCCGUGUGGAGUGCCAGAGUCAUAAGCUUACAGUCGAGGACCCAGUCACUGUAGAAUAUAUAACUCGCUUCAUAGCAACCUUAAAGCAGAAAUACACUCAGAGCAAUGGACGAAGACCUUUUGGUAUUUCUGCCUUAAUUGUAGGCUUUGAUGAUGAUGGUAUCCCAAGACUAUAUCAGACCGAUCCCUCUGGUACUUACCAUGCUUGGAAGGCAAAUGCAAUAGGUCGAAGCGCUAAAACUGUCCGAGAAUUUCUAGAAAAGAAUUACACAGAAGAUGCUAUAGCAAAUGACAGUGAAGCUAUCAAAUUAGCAAUAAGAGCUUUGCUUGAAGUUGUCCAGUCUGGUGGAAAAAACAUUGAACUUGCUAUAAUAAGAAGAAACCAACCUUUGAAGAUGUUUAGUGCCAAAGAAAUUGAAUUACAAGUAAGUGCAAUAGAAAAAGAAAAGGAAGAAGCAGAGAAGAAAAAAUCAAAGAAGACUGCCUAAUUCUUAGUAUGAAAACUGGGAGCUUUUAAUGUUUUGUUGUACUCCUUAGAAUUAAAGGAAAUAAGUUGAUUUGUAGCAUUACUUUUAUUAGUUAUGUGCUGUUUUGAGAAUGCCAGAUUUAUAGUUGUCUUCAAUCUAUUGCAUGGACAAACAUACAUUAAUAUGAAUAUUUUUUAAAAAGAUUUCAGUUAUUGUUAAAAGCAUUCAUAAUUCCACAUAAACCUGAGACAAUACUCUAUAACUUGUUGCCCAGUAUGUUACUUUUCUUCAUAUAUGAAAAUUUAAUUAAGAAAAAACUUUAAUU